AUGGAGGAUGGCAUCCGUAGCCCAGCAUUCUCCCGCAGUACCAGUGCUGGCGAACAAGCAUCUGUGGACGAGACCCGGCAAGAAGUAAAGGUGAUACAGGAGGGAAUCGUCCUCGUUCACGAUGCGCGCCGGUUCGGGGUGAGCGAGAGGGGGCUCUGGCACCUCGACCGCCUCCACUCCCGUGCCUUCCAGCCGCUGACAAGGUCGGCGGCAGCUGCGGCUGGAGCCCCUGUCAGGGUGAGGGCUGGUAGCGGCGGUGGCGGCGGCUGGGGUGGUGGCUCUCCCCCUUCGCCUGGCCAUCCGGCAGGCGUCUUCGACAUCGACGACGACGACCUGACGCUGCUUGAUGCCAACUUGAUCGUCAGCAGCGCUACCAGCGACGGCGGCGGGGGCGGCGGCAGCAGCAGCGGAGGCGGCAGCCGGCGUGCCCUGUCGUCAGCGGAUCAGACGCAGCCGCCGCCGCACUUGUCGGGCACGAAGCGAGCUGCACCCAAUGCCGCAGCAGCAGCGGCGGCACGAUUGCUGCGGAACACCAAUACCAGCAGCAACAACAGGAGUGCCACUACCAUCGGCAGCGACGGCAACAGCAACCAUCAGGCGGCAACAGACGGGGCCCCGCUCGGGCGCGCAGGCGGAGGGGAGGGUGAUGGUCUCGCGCCAAAGCCGGGGGGGUUGGCAAUGGGUUCCGGCGGCGGAACUGGUGCAAGCUCGCCGCUGGAGGUGUCUUCGAGAUCCGUGCUGUGGUUCGCGCACAGGAAGUACCGGCUGGUGGUGUGUCUGGACCUGAGCACCAGCAUGUGCACCGGGCGUUGGUGGGGCAUACCGGUCGAACUCUUCGUGAACAACACGAUGAAGUAUAUUCAGGCGCUAGUGGCACCCAUAACCGACGCGCGGCAGCAGCAGGGCGCGGCCCAAUCCCCCUCCUCGCGGAUGGGCAUCGCGGAAGAGGUGUACGUGUCGGUGAUCGCCUACUCGAUAGAGCUGGACGUUGUGUGGUGCCUGAUCCAGGGGUUUCUCCUUCACGGCGGGGCGGAGGAAGACGGGCGCUCUCUCGACAGUCUACGGGCGCUCCUCACGAAAGCCUUGCACGGCGUUGAAAACCGGUUCGAAACGGAGUGCGACCGGGCGGAGGCCGCGCGGCGGCACUCGAUGAUCUACGACGGCGACAUCGUCAUCCCGUCCCCGGGCCACGGGCACCGCCUGACUCCCGUUCCGGGGGUGGCGGCGACGGCUUCACGAGAGAGUGCCGGUGGUGGCGGCGGCGGCGGUGUCAGCCGCGGCGGUUCGUCAAGGAGGAACUCCGUCACUUCCUCUGCCGGAGGGGGCGCCUUCCCCCCGCCGCCGGCGGUGCCCCUGUCCACCACCUCUUCGUCUUCCGCCCCGGGCUCGGGGCCCGUGCCUCAACAGCAGCAGCAGCAGCAGCAGCAGCCGCGGCAGCAGAGCCGGCAGAAGACCCAGCUGGACGGGAUGGCGGAUGCCAUCGUUCUCGCGCUCAAGUUCCUGCCGCUGGACGCGGCGCCGAUCGCCCUGGUGGUCACCGACGGCCUGGUGGACUACCCCUCGCCCACGGAGUACGACGGCCUGUCCAUGCGGCUCUGCCGCCACGACGUGGCCGUCUCGUGCCUCCUGAUGGACCGCAUGGGGGAGAGGGCUGAUGUCGGCGUCGGCGUUGGGGUCGGCGGCGGAGGAGCCGCCACCACCGCUUCCUCCGUGGCGGUGUUGCCGAGCGGCAACAGGGGAGCUACAGCAGUGGGGAGGUGGUUGCCGGCGGCGGCCGCGGCGGGGGGGGUCGGGGGCGCCAUGGGCAGGUACGAGACGGACAGAGUGGACAUCAGCUUUGCGCCGCACGGCGAGGCCUACGCGGCCGCCCGGAAGCACCGGGUGCCGGACCUGAGCGGCCUAGCGCACCUGGUCGGGGUGACCGGCGGCUGGCUCUUCGACCUCGAGACCCUGGAGGCCGAGCUUGCUGCCGCCGCCGCCGCCGCCGCCGCCGCUGCUGCCACUGGCGGCGGAAGGGGUAUUCCGAUCCCGGGCACGGACGGGAGAGCGGCUGUACGCGAGGACGGGGCGGCGAAGGAGGAGAGCGGGGGGUCGGAGGAUGGGACGAUGUCUUGCGGUGGUGGCCCGAGCGCGGCGCUAUGCCAGGCGGGCCGCCCAGUCGCCGCUUCCCCCCUCCAGCGGAAGGCGCUCUUCCGGGCCUCUCCCCUCAGCGUUGAGACGUCGCGGCAGCUGCUCUCGAGCCACAACCCGGCUCUCUACACGAGGAAAGCCCCAACAGCGGCGGCGGCGGCCGCGACGGCUUCCGCCACGACGAGGAGCAUCCCGAUUCGCGGCAUAGCGGCGGGCGCCGGCGGCGCCGGUGUUGGUAGAGGAGGCGGGGUUGUCGGGGGAAUCAGUACCCCGGGUCUUUCCCUUCGUGGUGGUGUUGGUGUUGGUGGUGGCGGCGGUGGUAGCAGUGCGGGCACAAGCCCCGACGAAGGGGCGGGUCUGCUCGAGGCCAUGGACUCGGUCAGCCAAGUUUCUGCGCCCAGUGUCGGGGAGAUGGCCGAGAUGACGAAGCGGUCUAUGACCAUACUGCGGGAAUACGACUGGAGGGAACGCCUAGCCGGAGGCGUGGCGGCACGAAGGACGCUGCGCCGUCGCCCUCGCCGCUGCUGGCGGCGGCGGCGACCGGGUUCGGCGGGGAAUCGUCGGGAGUUGGCAGCGGCGGCGUUGGCAGGUUCGGGUCCUCGCCUGUUGGGGCGAAAAAGUUGGAUCGUAUCUGCCUUCUGCUUCUCCUCAAGAUGA